AAUAAGCAAGUGAUUUCAGUGUCACGUUUUGUGUUGUUCUUUGCAGUUCCUGUCAACAUUGUCACCGGCAGCACAAGACCAGGCUCCCAGAACCAGGAUUCAGAGGAAGUCCUCUAUGACAGCCAGCUAGACCUGCGAGAGAUAGUAUUUGUGAUCCAGAGCCAGAGUAACUCAUUCCACAUGAGUUGGGCGGAGAGACAGCGAGCAGACCUGUUACAACAGACUCAGAGCCUCACACAGACACCCCCUCCAGUCCUGCUCCUCCACAGUCUGACAGACAAUGAGGGAGACUGGAGCAUCCUUCCUCUGCUGCCUUACCUCUCCUCGUUGUUUGGGAAGAACUCAUCCUGGUUGGUGUUUCUGGAAGAGGAAACUAACGUCAAGGUGACCAAGCUGCUCCAGGCCCUCAGGAAGUUUGACAGGAGAAAAGAGUGGUUCCUGGGUAAACCUCUCCAUGACGAGGAGUCGACCAUCAUCCACCACUACGCCUUUGCAGAGAACCCCUCCAUCUUUAAAUACCCAGACUUCUCUGCUGCCUGGGCCCUUAGCAUCCCCCUGCUUGACAGGCUCGCAAACAAAGUGAGAGAUGAUCCACUCAAGUCUGACUUCACUAUCGAUCUGAAGCAUGAGGUAGCUCUGUAUAUCUGGGAGAAUGGCCACGGGCCUCGUCUGACGGCAGUCCCAGAGCUAUGUACUGAGCCAGAACACUCUCCCACUGCCCAACACUGUGCUACCACCCUCAGGAGACCUGCUCCCCUGUGUGGGGAGCCUGUAAAGAAGGAAGACAUCUUUGUUGCUGUGAAAACUUGCAAGAAGUUUCAUAGUGAGAGAGUCCCAGUGGUGAAGAAGACGUGGGAGAGAGAGGCAUCUCUGUUGGAGUAUUACAGUGACCACACUGACCCCUCCAUACCUACCAUUGACCUAGGAGUCCCCAACACAGAGAGAGGUCAUUGUGGGAAGACGUUUGCCAUCUUGGAGAGGUAUAUCAGCGAUGCGGUGCCAAAGACGAGCUGGCUGCUGGUGGUGGAUGAUGACACACUCAUCAGCCUGCCCAGACUGCAGAUGCUGUUGAGCUGUUACAACCCCUCUGAACCGGUGUGUCUAGGAGAGAGGUACGGCUACGGGCUGGGCCAGGGAGGCUACAGCUACAUCACCGGAGGAGGGGGGAUGGUGUUCAGUAGGGCCGCGGUGGUGAGGCUCCUGGCCAGUGACUGCAAGUGUUACCGUGAUGACGCCCCUGAUGACAUGGUGCUGGGGAUGUGUCUCAACGCUCUGGGGCUCCCUGUCACACAUAGCUCCCUCUUCCACCAGGCACGACCUGAAGACUACUCCAGAGACUUCCUAGCCCACCAGGUGCCCAUCUCUUUCCACAAACACUGGAACAUCGACCCCGUCGCCGUCUUCAACAGGUGGCUAAAGGAUGAGUCGGUGUCAACAAGCCCACACGGACUAAACAAGAGCACCAAGGAAGAGUUAUAGUCACUCAGACACUGUGUGCGUGUGUGUGGAGUCAUGGACAAACAUAUUGUCAGCAUGUUUCCUCCAUCGGUGUAAAUGUUUUCUAUAUUGUGAAUCUUGCGGAGAUAUCAUUUGGAAGGUUCAUGCAAGCCUGUCCCUGACUGUGUACAUGGGAACUUAUUCAUGACUGAGUCCAGAAUUCAAUCCAAGGCGCGUUAGAGCAGCGCAAUAUAAUGGACUUUCAAAGGUAAAUGAUGCUUGAGUCGACAUGUUAGCAUUGACCAUGAAUGCGAUCUCGGCGAACACGUCUUUGGAAGACCUAUUGUCGGCUGUCUUAAUGCUCAGCUAUACGUAUUGAAUCCCGGCCACAGUUUCAAUUGAUUUGCAUGUUGAGGUUGUCAGUGUGUGUUCAGAUCUUGUCUGUGUAUAUUUAUAUGAUAUAAUCUAUUCCUUGCCAAGUUGAACAAUGAAAAAGUUUUUUUUUUCUCAAGGACAUAUCUCAACAUUAUUACUACAUGCUGUACAAUGUGUACUAUUUUGAUAUCAAAGUGUUAUUACUUAAAAAUAUAUGUUUGCGCUGUCUUAUUGGAGUUUUAUUUCUGGCAUUUGGUUUCAGGAUUAAUUAAUGACUAUUAAUUGUGAAUGUAAAUAAUAGGUGCUAUGAAAACGUGUGUGUGUUUUCAUUGCCCCUAUUAUCACACACACCAAAUACUGUUGAAUGCAAUUUCAAAUAGAAGCUAUGAGAAAUGA